AUGAAACCGGAUAACUUUUAUGGGCAAAAAAAUGCUAAGAAAGACGACGAGAAGAAGGACGAAGAGUUUAUAUGCCCUGAAGGUCAAGGUAAUGGUAACUUUGCUGAUCCAGCAACAUGUAGAAGAUUCUACCAGUGUGUUGAUGGAUACCCUUACCUAAAUAGAUGUCCAUCAGGAUUGCACUUUGAUGAUAUUAGUAAAUUUUGCACUUUCAAGAAUGAAGCUCGUUGUGGACCUAUCCCUACAACCCCAGCCCCAGUGACCGAACCACCAACUGAUUUAGCAGAAAGAUGCGAUACUGGCAACUGUCAAUUACCAUAUUGUUUUUGCUCAAGAGAUGGUACAAUAAUCCCUGGUGGCCUGCAACCAGAUGAUACCCCUCAAAUGAUAAUGAUGACAUUCGAUGGAGCAAUAAAUCAUAACAAUUUUGAUCAUUAUCAAAAAAUAUUUGCGACCGACCGAUUGAAUCCAAAUAAUUGUCCAUUGAAAGGAACGUUCUUCAUCUCACAUGAAUAUUGCAAUUAUAAUAUGGUGCAAAGUUUAGCGCACGAUGGACACGAAAUUGCUACUGAAACUAUAUCAUUGCAAAAAGGACUGGAAGAUAAAGGAUACGAAGAAUGGGUUGGAGAAAUGGUAGGAAUGCGAGAGAUACUGAAACACUUUAGCAACAUCUCAAGAAGUGAAAUUGUAGGUAUGAGAGCUCCAUACUUAAAACCAGGGAGAAACACUCAGUAUAAAGUGUUGGAAGAUUUCGGGUACAUAUAUGACAGCAGUAUCGGGAUUUCUCCGUUAAAAGUACCAAUUUGGCCAUAUACCCUUGAUUACAAGAUCCCGCAUGAAUGUAAAGCGGGUACAUGUCCCACUAAAUCAUUCCCAGGUGUAUGGGAACUCCCAUUGAAUGCUCAUUAUGUUGAAAGCUACGAAGGAGGACACUGUCCUUACUUGGAUCAGUGCGUGCUUCACAAUCAUGAUCCAGAAGAAGUCUUUGAGUGGCUACAAGAAGAUUUCAAUCGAUACUACGAGCAAAACAGAGCACCAUACAUGAUGCCUUUCCACACAAAUUGGUUCCAAAUAAAGGAAUUGGAACGAGGUUUAUCGAAGUUCCUGGACUGGGCAGUGACAUUGCCUGAUGUGUACUUUGUAACAGCUACACAAGCACUAACAUGGAUGACUGAUCCAAAACCAAUUAAAUCUCUUAAUAACUUCGAAGGAUGGUCAUGUAAAAAGAAAGAAAAUUUUCCUGGACCACCGUGCAAUAAUGCAAACAAGUGUGCUUUAGAUUUCAAGCCUACAGAAUCUAAUUUUACUACAACCAGGUAUCUAGAAACAUGUAGGGAAUGCCCCAACAAAUAUCCCUGGCUGGGAGAUUCUAAAGGAACUGGACUGUACAAUGAUAAUUAUAAUCCUGAAAAGAAAUAG